UUUUUACCCAGAGUUCAGUAGGAGGCGUAGCAGCAACUGUGUGAAAGAGAGGAACAUGGCGCACAUUGAGAGAAGGUGCUGAGACUCCGGGAAACUAGACUACAGUGGUUCUUUUUGAGGAAACAGCGAAACAAAAUAAUGCGAAUGUGAAAUGGUUUCACUCCCGAAGUUCUGGAUAACAACGGCUGCUCCAUUGAUGAAUAAAAGGAGAUCAGAAGGGAUAAAAAAUUUCUGCAAUUGCAUUCAUAAACAUUUCUUUAGGACUCACAACCCCUGAGUUACCUUUUUCUGAAAAACAAACAACAGAUAACUCACGCACAUUCGUAUAUAAUCCCGUCGGAAGAUGACAGAAAGAAACAAAAGGAAAAACCUCCACCCGCUAGAGGUUUCUAGACUCCGAGACGAGCAAGUAAAGGUAGUCACUGGCUGCCAAGACCAAAUCCAGCACUGGAAGAAAGUCCAAAGCGACUAUGAAGCUCUUCAACAACGGCUCAGUACUUUGCCGAACAAACUAUCGUAUGAUAUUAUGGUACCAUUUGGCCCUCUUGCUUUCAUGCCAGGAAAGCUUGUCCAUACAAAUGAGGUCACGGUUUUGUUGGGUGACAACUGGUUUGCAAAAUGCUCAGCAAAGCAGGCCAGUAACCUGGUGGAGCACAGGAAGAAACAUGUAAAAAAUGCACUGGAUGACUUGUACAAAGUAGUGAAGAAUUUUGAAGCCAGAGUCGGAUUCACAGAAGACCUCGAAAAACUAUCUUCUGAAAAGGGAGACUUUGUGGACAUUACAGAAGAGGUUGAGAAUGAAGAAAUUCUUACCAAAGGAAAACAAAGAACUGCCCACAAGCCAUAUUCCAGACCGAAAAACCAAGAUGUUUUCGAUACAAACUUUGAGGGUGGAGAAGGCGAUCUGAAAGCCACAAGCGGUAUUCUGCCUGAAGAAGAGCUGUGGGCCAGACUGGACGAGUUGGAGAUGCAAGAAGAGUUGCUGGAUCAGAAAGAUCGAAUGUCUUACAGUGCAGAUACAAAUGGUGACGACACAACAUCCUCUUCAUCUGAGGAAGAGAAGGAGCAUCCGAGUGGGAACUUGCCUUGCCUGCAUGGAGAGGAGGGCUGGCCUCCAGUUACUCAGGAAGACUCCAGACUGAUCACAUGCCAGGUGAACGGCAACGGCCAACAUCACAGUGACGAUGAAGACGAUGAAGGGAGCUGUGUGCCAACGAUUUACUUCACCCACACAGUGGAGCCAAAAAGGGUCAGGAUAAACACAGGGCGGAACACCACUCUGAAAUUCAGUGAGAGGAAGGAGGAAGCCAAGAGAAAGAGGAAAAAUAGCAACGGAAACGGACACUCGGUUCCAGGACUCACAAAAAUUAAAACGCCUGCAGACCUUUACAGGCUGUUUGUCGAUGUUGUGAACGGCGAGUUGGUUCCCCGCAAAUCCAUCCUGAAGUCUCGUAGCCGGGAGGACAGUAUGUGCAGUGACACCAGCGAGAGCAGCGACGACCGGCGGGGUUUCUGUCGCAACCUGAGCCAUGAUGAGUCCACACACAGCGACACCAGUGAAGGGGUUCUUCAAGAGGAGGAGAACUCCCCCAGUAAACCUCUGCCACUACCGGGGGUCUUUGAAGCAUUUUCAGGCACAGUGGUGGAAAAGGACCCUACCCUGCCAUCAUUGAUUCCACACCUAACCAUCGUUUCUCCAGCCCUUCCCACAAUUCCUGAGAGGAAGGCAGAGGAAGUUGUGCUCCAGGUGCAGAAGGAACCUUGCAAGAGGAUGUCCAAGUUCAAAGCUGCCAGGAUGCAGCAGCAGAUUUAACUCCUGGGCUCAAGCCCUUUUUUAGGUUUAUUUUUUACUGGAACAUCAGAAGCUGGACUGGUUACUUCAGUCUGCAUUGAACUGGUCUCAAUUUCUCAUUUUUUAACAAGUUGUCUUUAACCUGUAAAAGUACAUUAUUUCCAUAUUUUUUUUCAGUAGGCUGCAUUAUACUUCUGGAUACUGGGUUUGUACCCUGGCGCUCUUUGGUUCUGUUGAGGCAGCACCUUAAAUUUAGGCUUUAAGAAGACAGGGAAAAGAAAAACAAAUAUAGCAUACAGCUUUUCUUUUUUAAACUUUGAAUGGCCAUUCAUCUCUAGUUAUAUGAUCUGUGAAUUAGUUUAAUACUCUGUACUGUAAUUUUGUGUACUAAGGAAAUUAUUUUGUUGGUGACAGUGGCGGCUAUAAUAUCAGCACUUUCUUAGGGGCUACUUGUUGCCGGUGUGUCAUUUUUCUGUCUGCACAGUUCACUUUCUCAAUUUCUCAACAGUCAAAGCUGAUUACCAGCAUUAUUAUUAUUAUUAUUAUUAUUAUUUUUAUUAAGAUUUUGUUAUCCUGAAGUAAUCAAUUGCACUGUUUCACAUUGACUUAAGAAAAUCCAACUUGACUGUGGAUACAUUUUAAGAAUUUCUGUGUUUGUCUAGCAUGGCUUUGUACUUCAGUUUUCUUUGCUGUACAACUGCUACAACCAUGAUGGCUGGUUUGAGUUAACUGUAUGGAAAUUGUCAGAAAUACUGUUUUAAAUUUAAUUGUCAAAUAAAACUAGUUACUGAAAGCUUUUUGCUAGGUUUUGUCCUCGCCUUUUAUUUAUUUUUUUAAUUGUCAAUUUUGUGUGUUUUAUUGAAAUAGCUGGUUUAAAGGAAGUGUGGCAUUUUUAACUUAUGUUGGGGAAACCUGUUUUCAAGAUGCCAACCAUGUGUACCCUGUGAAAAUAAAAAAACUGCAUUCUGCUGUUGUCUUUAACCCUAGAGUCCUUCUUCGAGACUGUGUCCAUAUUAAAGAGUAAACAUAAAAUUGUUUUUUUU